GUCCAGCAUACGAUUGUAGAAGCUCCUUGACUCACGCCCCUCCCCCCCGGCGGGCAUCUCUGAUCAUCUUCAUAAGAUUGAUCCUCCGACCCAAUUCAUCUUCUCCCCAGACAUGACCAGCUCGUGAAUCCCGAGUCGAUUUGGCUGGCUGGCGAUGGCGUCGUCGUCCCUCAAGGCUCGCCCGCCGCCCAUCAUCCGCAUCGCCAACGGCACCUUCUACCGGCGACACCCCAACUCGCACCAGCCAGGGCCGCACCCGCGCCAUCCGAACCCGCCGCUCUUCCAUGGCCUGUCGUUCGAGCUGCCCUCGUCGGCGCCGGCGGCGCACAACUGGUGCGUCGUCGGCCCUUCGCUCUCGGGCAAGACGACUCUGCUGCAGGCCCUCCGCGGCCGCCUGAUCUGCGACCCGCCCACGGCGCGCUCGUUCCCGUACCUCUCGCAGGACGGCGUGCCGCCGCGGCUGCGAAACCCGCAGACGGCCGUGCGCUACGUCGGCUUCGACGCGGAGCAGGGCUCCGGCUCGCUGGCCCCCGGCGUGACGGCCUCGGCGUACCUGUCGGCGCGGUACGAGUCCCGUCGCGAGAUCACCGACUUUUCGCUCCGGGACUUCUUGCUGGGCAACACGGAGCUGAACCCGCUCAAGGCGCCGCCGGGCGGGGAGCAGGAUGACGGGUCCAUCUCGACGGAGCUGCUGGACCGCGUCGUCAGGGACCUGAAGCUCGGCCACCUGCUGGAUUUGCCCGUCACGUUCCUCAGCAACGGCCAGGGCCGACGAGCCCGCAUCGCGCGUGCGUUGCUCAUGAGGCCAGAGGUCCUGCUGCUGGACGAGCCGUUCAUGGGCCUCGAUCCCCCAACCGUGUCAGGCCUGAGCCCGCUACUGCAGUCGCUGGCCGAAAAGGCAAGCCCGCGGUUGGUGCUGAGCGCCCGGCCGCAGGAUCCGCUGCCCGAAUGGAUCACGCACCUCAUCUUCCUGCGGACGGACUGCCAGAUCGGGUCCAUGGGGCCAAAGGAAGUCGUGCUCGAUGGCCUGAAAAAGUACGUGCGCGGCGUCAGCAAGGGCGGCCUGGUCGAGGACGAGAAGCUGCCCGUCCACGCUUUGCAGGAUAUUGGCCGUGUCUUGUCGUCGUCGGACGCGUCGUCUACGUCUGGCGCGACGGCUACGCAGGCCACCUCGCAAGUGCUCGGCUCUACGAACGCGGACGCCGAGCCGCUGGUGGAAAUGGACGGCUGUCAGGUCCGCUACGGCGAGAAGAUUGCACUGGGGAACUGGUCACAGCAGACCCCGCGGGGCAACAAGGACGGCCUGAUAUGGACCGUCCGGCGAGGCGAGCGAUGGGGCGCCUUUGGCCCAAACGGCUCGGGCAAGACGACCAUCGUCUCGCUGCUGGGCUCGGACCACCCGCAGACGUACUCGAUGCCCAUCAAGCUCUUUGGGCGCAGCCGCCUGCCCGAGCCGGGGUCGGGCCAGCGGCUGCCGCUCACCUUCUGGGACAUCCAGUCGCGCAUCGGCCACUCGAGCCCCGAGGUGCACCAGCACAUGCCGCGGGGCCACACGAUCCGGCAGGUGGUGGAGAACGCGUGGUCGGCGACGUUUGGCACGCCACCCAAGCUGGACGGCGCGGCUAGACAGAGGGUGGACGCGGCGCUGCGCUGGUUCGCGCCGGAGCUGCGGCCCAACAACGCGGCGACGGCGACGGCGACGGCGAACGAAAACGGGCAUGGCGGCUGGGAUGGGGGGCGCGACGACGUCUCGUGGGCGGACGAGUACGUGUUUGGGGAGAUUUCCUUUUCGGCGCAGCGGGUGGCGCUCUUCAUCCGGGCCACGAUCAAGGGCGCCGACGUGGUGGUGCUGGACGAGGCGUUUAGCGGCAUGGACGACGCGGUGCGGGACAAGUGCACGCGCUUCCUCGAAGAGGGGGCGCGCGACGAGGAUAACAAGAACCGAGGCAGAGACGGAGAGCCCGCGGCGGCGGCGGCGAGGGCGUUGCUGCCCGGGCUGACGGACCGGCAGGCGCUGAUUUGCAUCGCGCACGUCAAGGAGGAGGUGCCCGACUGCGUGCGCGAGUGGAUGUGUCUGCCCGAGGCCAACACGGGCAGGCCGGCGCGGUUCGGGCGGCUGGACGGCCCGCUGAGGGAGGACGAGGAGCGGUGGCAUGCCAUCUGGGGGUUCAAGGCGAACUAGAAGACUAACGUAGUAGUUGGAUGGAUGAGCGGGCGGACGAGCGGGCGGACGAGCGGGCGUGCCCGCGCAUGAGAAAUGGUGAAGGUUGGCUUCAUGACGAUGUAUUCACCAUAUAAAUUGUACAUACAUACUUAGCUAGAUAGGUACAGCACCGCCGGACUCUACAUGGCGACAAUGAGGAGUUGAUGCUGGACACUUGUUGUGGUUGCUGUUGGG